AUGACGGCCCAGCCGCGGGGCUAUCGCUCGCCCUACUCCCCCGAGGGCCUCGACAAGACCCGCGGGGGCGCGCGCGUGGACGACGACGACGACGAGGUCUACCCGCGGGAAACACGCGCCGCGACCGCCCCAGCGCGCGACCCGCCCGUGAACCUGGACCCGCGACAGUUCCCCACCCUCCACGCCGCGCGCGCCGCCGAGCCCAAGAGGCGCCUCCGCGCCGACCCCAUCGCGAGCGCGCUCGAGCGCGACGCCGCCGCCGCCGACGACGACGACGCCCGGCAGCCCGGCAGCGGCGGCGGGGUCACGGUCGUUCACGCCAAGGUGGUCUCCAGCCCCGACGCGGGAAACGCGUGGGCGAAACCCCCGCCGCUGGUGCGCUCCCCCGAGCGAGCCCCCGCGCGCGCGGGUCCCGCCGCGCGCGGUCCCUCCGCGGGCGACGUCUGCGCGGAUCGCCCGCGCCACCCCGCGGUCGCGUCGCGCGUCGCGGCCCCCGCGCCGGUCCACCGCGAGGACGAGAAAAGCGCGGGAAACGAGGCCGCCGAGACUCCCAGGUCCGCCGCCGUCAACGAGCGGGUUCCUCGCGAGGAGGAGUCCGCGCCUCCUCUCGCCGCCGCAGCCGACGACGACCGCCCCGCCCCGAUCCCGGCGCCCCUCGAGCGCGGCCCGUCGCACAGGAGGUCGAGAUCCAGGAGGAAGAGGCGCGAGGCGACCCCCGCGGUCCCCGCCUCGCCGCCCGCGACGGCGACGACGACGACGACGACGACGACGACGGCGAAAAAAUUCCAAACCGCGGCGGAAGCCCUCGCGAAGGGCGUCGGCGUUUGCGACGACGGCCUCGAGCGACCGGGUCCCGCGGGCGUCCACGUCGGCUCCGACACCGACGACGACGAAGGGAUCGACCACCCGACCACCCCGUCCCCCGCGCCCGUCCUCGUUCGCGCGGGCGCCGAAGCGAAGCGAUCCCGCCCCGCCUCCCCCGCCAAGGCGGUGGACGUGUCCGACGACACCACCGCGUCCGCGCCCACCACCGCCGGGGACGACACGUCCCGCGAGGAGCCCUCCACCAUCGGUGCCGUCGACGAGUCCACGACCCGCGAGGAGGAAGAAGAGGGGGACGAAACGAAGGAGGAGGUCAAGGAGGCUAUCGAGGUUAAGGAGCGCAUCGAGGUUGAGAAGGUGGAGAAGGUCGAGAAGGUCGACGAGGAGGACCUCGCCGCCGCGCGCGAGUCCCCGGCCGCGUCGCGCGCCGCCCUGGACGCCAGCUUCGAGUUCCGCGGCACGGACGAGUCGGCACCCUCGGCACCCUCCCCGGAGAACGUCGGCCUCGUCGAAGCCGCGGCGAAACUAGCCGCGUCCGAGGCCAAGGCGGCUUCGGCUUUCCCCUCGUCCCCGUCUCGUCCCCCGUCCUCUUCACCCCCCGCCGCGUCCGCGUCGCUCGUCCCGGAUCCCGCCUCCGGGACCUACCGCGGCGCCGGACGCUCCCUCGCGGUGGCGCCCCCGUCCACGAAGCACGGCAUAACCGUCACGCCCUUCGACGUCGCGAGGCAGCAGAGGGAGAUUUACGUCCCCAACGUGAAGGUGGGCCUCGUCAUCGGGAAAGGCGGGUCGCACGUGGUGUACUUUCAGCACCAGAGCGGGUGCGCGAUUCACAUCGCCCGCGACGCGGGCGAGAUCCCGGGCGGGGUCAACUACGUCGUGCCGCCGUCCGCGUACGCCGAUCCCAGCGACGACGCCGUCACCGCCGACGGCAUGCGGCGGAUCACGCUCCUGGGCGGCGAGCACCAGACGAUGAUGGCGGCGGACAUGAUCCGGCGGCUCGUGGAGUCGUCCGCGGAGCGAUGCGACCGGACGACGGAGCGACAGCACGCCAUCGAGGCUGGGCACGCGCUGCCCCCGCUGCCGCCGGCCGCAGCCGCAGCCGCCGACCGCGACCGGGGCUUUGGGAACCCGGAAACAUUUGGAAACGUACGAUCGACUCGCGAUUCGUUCUCGUCUCACGAUGCGUCGGCGCCCGUUAAUUCCGCGUACGUCCCCGGGGACGGACCUUACGCGCACAUGCCCCACAACUUGUCGCCGUUCGUCGGUAGCGGUUGGGGCAGGGACGCGGCGUCGCACGUCGAGGUGGCCGCGACGGUGUCGAUCCCGCACCGCAAAGUUGGGCUCAUCAUCGGCCGCGGCGGCGAGAACAUCCGAUUUUUGCAGCAGCAGACCAGGGCGCACAUACAGAUCCAGAGCGAGCACGACAUGUGUCCCGGCCAGCCCGAGCGGACGGUGUACCUGCGCGGCGCGCGCGAGUCCUGCGCCGAAGCGGCGCGCAUGAUCCAGGAUCUCGUCGACGGAAUGUUUCGCAUCGGGACCGCCGCGGUCAUUCCCCCGCAGCCCCCCGUCCCGUCCGACGGUUACCACUCCGGCUACUCCUCCGGCAAGGAGCGCACGGCGGUGAGCGCCUACUCGCUCGCGUCGCACGCCGCGGGCGAUCCCGCGUGGCACGGACAAAGCCACGGACAAAGCCACGGCGGUAUCGUCGGGUACGCCUCCUCGGGCUCGCUGGGCUCGGGAACUAACGAACCGCUCGGCGGGGGCAACGGCGUGGGCGGCGGCCGGGUCGGCGGCCCGCCCGCCGCGGCAGCCGCAGCCGCCGCGGCCGCGGCCGCGGCUGCGGGCGGUGGAGCGCAGCCCGGGUACGGAUACACCGGAUCUGGAUACGCUUCCGAUCGAAGAGCCGCGACGGCCGCCGCCGCCGCCGCCGCCGCCUACCCGACCGCCUACCCCGUCGCGCCCGUCCCGACGCCCGUCCCUGCCGCGCCCGCGGCCGCGUACGAUUACAACGUCGCGGCGUACGGCCCCAUGGCCGGGUCGAUGAACGCUAUGGGCGGAAUGGGCGGAAUGGGCGCGAUUGGCGCGAACCCGUACGCGGGCCAAGCCGAUCCUUACGCGAUGGGAUCCGACCCGUCGGGCGCUUACGCCGCCGCCGCGUGCGCGGCGUACUUCGCGAACGUGCCUCUGCACGCGGCGCACGCGCAGAUCCGCGCGAUGGGCUACGCGGACCCGGCGGCGACGAUGCAGUACUGGCAGCAGUGCCUCGACUGCUACAGCCGGGGGUAUCCGGCGAUGCCCGGGUACCCAUCCGCCGGCGGCGGGUACGCGGGCGUCGCCGCUCCGGCGCCCGCGGCGCCCUCGGCACCCUCGGCGCCCUCGGCACCCUCGGCGCCCGCCGCCGCGCCUCUGCCCGCGUCCGACCCGGCGCCUUUACGUAAGGCUUCCGCGGCUUCGUCGGUCGGAAAGGCCGACGGCGAUGGGGAUUCCGAGUCCGCGGCCCGGACCGCCGCCGUCGUCGGGGACGCCGAGGACGGCGCGAGCGCCACCUCGGACGUGGCCGCGCCAUCGAGCGGCUCGGGGAGCGACGAGGCGUGA